UGUACAAUAUCUGACAGCUGUGACUGCGAUUUUAAACCUAAUUUAAAAGGGUUGGAGUGGGACCUUUAUAAAAAUCUUUAUGGACAGCACUUGGCUCAGGAUAUUGUCUCUGAGACAGUGGCAAAUUUCCUUCAGAAAGAAAACCCUGACAGGCCCCUCGUGCUGUCGUUCCACGGGGCAUCAGGUACAGGCAAAACUCUGUCAGACCUCAAACGCUGGGUGGAGGGUAAUCUCACAACGUGUGCCCGGUCCAUCUUUAUUUUUGACGAGAUGGAGAACAUGCCGCCUGGUCUGAUUGAUGUUCUGGAACCUUUCCUUGGCCCCUCCCACGUGGUGUUUCAGACCAAUUAUCGAAAGGCUAUAUAUGUCUUUAUAAGCACUGCAGGGCAGGAGGUGAUAAACAAGGCGGCUCUGGAGAGUCGACAGAAGGGACGGGACAGAGAGGAGAUCAAGUUAAAAGAGCUAGAGAAGGAUAUAGCAGAGGCUGUGUUCAAUAAUGAAAACAGUGGCUUUUACCAGUCGAGGAUUAUCCCUGAGAACUUAAUCACCAGCUUCGUGCCAUUCUUGCCUCUGUGUCGGCGCCACAUCGAGCGUUGUGCCCAGAGAGAGCUAUGCCAACGCGGGGAGUGCCAGCGCACAGACGUGGCAGAGGCAGUUGGGGGAGCGGUGUCCUACAAACCUGAGAACGGACAAUAUUUUUCCAGUACCGGCUGCAAAUUGGUGCCUGCCAAAGUCAACCUUUUCCUUUGAAGGUUACAUAAAGCCUAACUGAAGAUCCCAGGACCACAAGGGGGGGGGUUGG